CCGCAGCCGAGUCGGACAUGUCCAAGCCGCCGUGCUACGAAGAGGCGGUGCUGAUGGCCGAGCCGCCGCCGCCCUACAGCGAGGUGCUCACCGACACGCGCGGCCUCUACCGCAAGAUCGUCACGCCCUUCCUGAGCCGCCGCGACAGCGCCGAGAAGCAGGAGCAGCCGCCCAGCUACAAGCCGCUCUUCCUGGACCGGGGCUACAGCUCGGCGCUGCACCUGCCCAGCGCGCCGCGGCCCGCCGCGCCCUGCCCCGCGCUCUGCCUGCAGCCCGACCGCGGCCGCCGCGUCUUCCCCAGCUGGACCGACUCGGAGCUCGGCGGCCGCGAGCCCCUGGAGCACGGGGCCUGGCGCCUGCCGGUCUCCAUCCCUUUGUUCGGGAGGACUACAGCCGUAUAGAGGGGGCGCCCGGCGCCGCGGGCCGCGCCCGGCGGACUCCUGGCCUGACUGCGGGGCUUUUUAAAACGCUUCCCUCGGACUGCGGGGAAGGGCGAGGGGAGGGGGAGGGCGGGAUUUCUUACCCCGUUUGUUACAUUUUGAGGAUAAUAAAGGUGUGUGAUCUGCUUUGGUACAA